UUCGUGUUGGAAUAGAUAAUGGUCAAGGAUCCUUAAAAUUUGUAAUGAAUGUUUUUAAUAUAGAAACAGAUAUUGACUGUCGAGAAAACAAAAAUACUGGUGUUAAUAAAGUUCUGGUAUUGGCAUUUGUCAAAAAUGUUACUGAAAAUCAUGCGAACCUUCAGAUAAUUAUCGAGAAAAUAAUGCUCAACAGACUUAAGUUCUACUUAGUUCUAUCUUAAACUGCUAAAUAUAAUAUUAGGCUUAUCAGGACAUGGAGGUAAAUACUCUUGUUUAUAUUGCAAUAGUGAAAAGUCAAAUUUGGGAGAAUUGAGAACUUUCAAAAAGUUAAAGUUGCUGUAUGGAAGUUUUGCUGAAAAUGGAUCUAAGAAAAGUUCUAUGCAGAUCUACAAAAAUGUAAUACAUCCAUGUCUGCUUGAUGUAGCUGAAGAUACACAUGUACUUGAUGUAGUUCCUCCACCAGAACUUCAUUUGCUGAUGAAGAUUGUUACAGAGAUUUCUAAUGUUUUAUGUAAAGAACCAGAAAUUGCUGUAUGGCUAAGUAACCAUGGGAUAAUUUGGCAUGGAUAUAAUGGAGGUGGGUUAGAUGGUAGAAAUGCUAACAAAAUUUGGAAGCUAUUGCCUGAUUUGGAACAACAUAUUUUUGACCAUUAUCCUUUUUAUCAUCCAGUUGUUGAACUGUUAAAAUCGUUUUCUAUAGUUGUCGAUAAGUGCUUUGGUAUGAAACUUCAUGAGGGUUAUGCAGGUGCCAUUGCAAUGUAUGUUAAGAAGUUAAAGGAAACUGAAAUUUAUGUUAAAGUUAACUUUAACCACAAUCUCUCAAUGGGGUGGAAAGGUCAUAUUAUUGAACACCACCUUGUUAUUUUCUUAAACAAUAUUAGAAUGCCUCUAGGUAUUUGCUGAGCAAUGUUCCAAAUCUGUUCAUCACAACAUGCUUAAAACUUUGAGUAGAUUCCCAACAUCUGAAUCCAGAUCAAACCAUGGAGAACUACUGAGAAGAGCGGCGUUAGAAUAUUCAAGCAAUAGAGUGUAGAUGAUUUGAUAUAAAUCAAUCAUUGGAUUUUCUUAUUAUAAUACAAUUACUUAUCUUUUAUGUAAUAUUGUAUAUGUCUUGUAAAUUAUACUUUUUGUAUUAUAUUUUGUAUAUUUGUUAUUUUAAUACUCCAUAAAUUCAUUUCUAAA